AGAGUUAAAUACUUUUUUGGCGAAAUUGGCGACGAAACAUCUGAAGCAAUGCCGCCGCUGAAUGUUUUACCUGAGUGUGUUUCACUUAUCCGGAAUCUGAAUCCAUAGCCUCCGUUUCAAAUUUAGACCUCACUCAUGACAGAAAAUAAUUUUCUCUCAAAUUUUGACGUAUUUUAAUUUGUCAGAUGACGGAAACAAGCGUUCUCAUUGGCUGUAUUGCGGCGGUUCUGUUGUGGCUACCAUACCUUCGAGCCUUAGAUGUUUUCCCUUUUUUGGAAGAAUCAUUGUUAAAAUUAGAAGAAAAGCCCCGAGAAGAUGAUGAGUCAUCCAGCUCUAAUGAUAGUAGUGAGAAUGAAAGCUACGACCAAGAAAACAAAAGUGGAGCUUGGACCUCCUGGUCUCCAUGGAUGGAUUGUUCCAGAAGCUGUGAUGGUGGAAUCUCUAUCAGUAUAAGGAAGUGCAGAGGAAGAUGUGCAUCUGGGGAACCAAUCAGAAGAAUGAUAUGUAACAUGCAGCCAUGCCCAGAGCCAACAGAUUUCCGCGCCACGCAGUGUUCAGCUUAUAAUAACAAACCAUACAGAGAACGGAAGUACACCUGGUUGCCGUUCUAUGAUCCUGAAGAUCCAUGUGCUCUUACGUGCCAAGCUGAAGGUUUCAACUUCGUGGCCAAACAGUCUCAGAAGGUUCUGGAUGGCACACGAUGUAGAGAAGGUGCCCUUGACAUGUGCGUGGAUGGUCAAUGUCAGCCGAUUGGCUGUGAUCUGCAAGUAGGAUCAACAUUGAAAGUUGACGAAUGUGGAGUUUGUGGUGGUGAUGGGUCACAGUGUCAGCGUCCAACGUUUCAUUGGCAGGAAGGAAUUUUUGGAGCUUGUUCUGUUUCUUGCGGUGGAG